ACACCAGCAUCAGCCGCACUGCUGGAGGCCCGGGGUGGGGGGGUGGCCUCCCAGCAUACUCAGCUGCCUCCGUCUUCGGGCUUUUGGGGCUGGGAAAACAACCUGUAUCAGGGCGGGUGUGGUGCGUGCUUUGCACUCAGCCCUCCUCUUAGGACUCCCUUGAGCUCCAUUCACAUGGGAGAGGGAGCAGGAAAGAGAGGAUGAGCGAGCCAGUCGAACCAACAGCCUGACUCCAGGGGAAUGACGGCCUCGCCUCCUUUUGGGGAAGGACACUCCCUUCUGAUGGAGAAUGGGAACUCCCUCCCGCAGCGGCCUGCCUGCUAGCUCCGGCUAGCUCCGUGUGGACUGGGUAGCCUGCUGAGGCCUUGCCCGCCACCCCCACCCCGGAAAGAAAGUGCCUCAGAGCCAAAGCAAAGAGAGCUGCAGCAACCGAGAAGUCCAGAGAGCCGGUGUGGGGCUGCUGGGGAAGCAGGGGCGCCACAGUGACCGCGACACAGAGCGGACGACACCCGGCCGAUUCCCUUUCCCCUUGGACGAAGAGGCACCGUCCUCAGCCUGCAAGUUUUUCAGCCUUGAAAGCGCCGUAACCAGCAGCUGCUGAGCCAUGGCUGAAGGGGAAAUCACAACCUUCACCGCCCUGAUGGAGAAGUUUAAUCUGCCUCCGGGGAAUUACAAGAAGCCCAAACUCCUCUACUGUAGCAAUGGGGGCCACUUCCUGAGGAUCCUUCCAGAUGGCACAGUGGACGGGACAAGAGACAGGAGCGACCAGCACAUUCAGCUGCAGCUCAGUGCGGAAAGCGUGGGGGAGGUGUAUAUAAAGAGUACCGAGACUGGCCAGUACUUGGCCAUGGACACCGAUGGGCUUUUGUACGGCUCACAGACACCAAAUGAGGAAUGUUUGUUCUUGGAAAGGCUGGAGGAAAACCAUUACAACACCUACACCUCCAAGAAGCACGCCGAAAAGAAUUGGUUUGUUGGUCUCAAAAAGAACGGAAGCUGCAAACGCGGUCCUCGGACUCACUAUGGCCAGAAAGCAAUUCUGUUUCUCCCCCUGCCAGUCUCCUCUGAUUAAAGAAAUCUCUUCUGGGUGCCGACCACUUCAGAGGAGGCUGAGGGGUCCUCACCCAGUUGACCCCAGAUUGUUCCCUUGACCAUUGGCUGCACUAACCCCCGGCCCACAGAGCCUGAAUUUGUAAGCAAUGCACUUCUAAAUGCCCAAUUCACUUUUUUUUGCAGAACCUCUUACCCCAGCACAGUUUGGAACAGAGGGAUCAAAUUGCUUCUAGAGGCCAACAGGCUGGUCAGUCUGGGCGUGUGGCAUGUCCAGUUGCCUCCGGGCACCUGCUGUAGGCUAAGCCUCUCAAUGCAAAGGUGUGGCCAAAUCAAGUGUGUUCAGGGGGCUGCCAUGUGAGUCAUCAGUAACUGCAUACAGUUCCAUCUACUGAGUAAACUCUGUCUGUGAUUCCCCCAAACAUCUGGCAUGAUGCCCUUUUGUCCUUUCAAUUCCCCACAUGUAUUAGCAGAGAAGCUUAUGGCUAGGUUAGGGGAAGGUAGUGUUCCAGGGGUAGAAACUGGGAUGAAGAAAUCAACCUCUCACCCCCCCACCCCCCAAGAAGAGAAGGGACUAAAAUGGCAAGGGGAGAUUGGGUUCUGGUGGACAGCUCAGAAGGAUGGGCUCUCAAUGCAGAAUAAACAAAGGAUGGGAGGCUUAGCCGCAAGAAAGGAUAAAUGCAUAGCUUCAGAAGUCCUUAGGAUGCCUUGACUUUCCCAAGAUUAUUAGGCAGCAGGAAGCCCCAGGAUGAUGUCUAAUGGGCAGCAUCAGAAGUGGGCUCUUGGAUAAAAGCAAAAACAUCCAAUGUUGGUAAAUUCAUUUGGGUCUGCGGUGUGGGAGUGCUGAGAAAGAAAGGAAACAUGAGCUGAGGGGACGGCUUUUCUUGAAAGAGGUAGAUGCCAGAAGUGAGGAGGAAAGAGAAAACAGAGGAUCUGGGGUCCCAGGCAGUGCUUACAAAUCACAAGCGGAUCGGGUUCGAGUGUAGAUUCCGGUGCAGCGGGUCUGGAGUGCGGUCUGUGUAUUUCUAACAUGCCCCGGGUGCCGCAGGUGCUGCUGCCCUCCCCCCGCCCCAAUUUAAGUAGCAAAGUCCUGAAGAAUGCAGUACAAAGGAAGGUGGCUCAAGCCCCCUGAUCCUCUCUCGCCUCACCCCUAGAAAUGUACACACCACGAAUCUUCCUGAGCAUUCAGGCACCAUCCGCAGCAGUGAUGCUGGUGUGAAGGAACAAGGACUUAAGGCGCUUUGGCCCAGUGCCUAUAAAAUACCCAUUUAGAAGAUAUACAAAAGCAUACUUCAAAAAUGUUAAACCCUCACCAACAGCUUUUCUCAAGAGACCAUUUGUGUUACGAUUACUUGUAUAAAUAUGCUUCCUGCUUAAAGUAAACUUGACCCAAGUGGCUAGCAAAUUAGAAACACCAUUCAUCUCUGACAUAUGAUACUGUUGCCAUGUAAAGGCCCUUAAUAAGCCAUUUACAUUUACUGUGAGACUGUAUGUUUUAAUCACAUUUAAAAAUAUAGAGCUCAAAGGCAGUUAACUGAUUAGCAUUCAGCCGCUGAGAAUAGUAAUAGGCUAUGAUGUAUAAGCUCUUCAAUUAUCUACUACUUAUACUAUGUUUACCUAUAAAAAGAGAUUGUACUUCAUUUUCCAUUGUGCUAUUACAAAUUUUCCUUUGAAAGUACGGACUCUGAAGCAAAGAUAUGAUAACUGUGGAUAAAAACUGUUGAGAAUAUCAGCUCAUGGUAUAAGGAGCUGACAUGACUAAUUGAAAAAUAAUUCCUUACUAAUUGAGUUGUCAUGUUUAUGAUGGGGAAAAAAAGACAAUUUGUGAAAGUUCAAAGCAACGGUACAACUGAGGAACUGAACUAAGUUCACACUAUGGUUGAUAAUAUCAUUCUGCAUUUGUGCAGAAAAAUGAUUUCCGAACUUUUUGUUUUUUGUAACUUGGAUAAGACAAUGCUAUUUUAUUUUAGUAAAUGCUUACAGGCAA